AUGAUUAUUUAUCAGAAAUUCUGUUUGAUUUUCCUUGUUAUCGUUGGUUUGCUGAUUUUGAUUUCUGGGUUUUUUUCGUUGAUCAUAAUCUUCAUAUUGAAGCCAAGAAGACCGAUCUUCUCAUUUGAAACGAUUGACAUUUAUUCCUACAAUUUCGAUGUUCCAGAUUCUUCUGAUGUAUUACUUUCCACUGUUGCUUCUGUAACCUUAAUUACGCAAAAUCCAAACAAAAUCGGUAUAAAGUAUGAUUUUUCAAAGCUACAGAUACUUGAUAAUGGAUUGGUGGCAGGGAUGAUUAGAAUCCCGGAGUUUUAUCAGCCAGCUGGAAGCCAUAAUUUGAGGGUUGAAAUUGACAUUUUAUUUCGGGAUCUUGAUGUAACUUCAAUCAUGUCUGGAGUUGAAAUAAAUAAUUUUACAAUCAAAGUAUUGGGUGAUAUUGGAGUUCAUUUACAUGUUAUGAAGAUUGAAUUGCCAAAGAUCAAGGUUUGUUUGGAUUGUGAUGUAGCAAUUGAUGGUAGAUAUUUGAUAUCUAGGAACAAAAUCUCAAGCCUGAAAGCAGUCAAGAAUUAUAUUGCACAUUUUAAUGCUAAGUCAGAUGCUUUCUCCAAUAAAUGUUCCAUAGGAUUUUACGUAUAAAUAAUCAGCUGUGAUAGCUGAGCAGGUGCAAGAUCAAAACAGCGUUGUUUCAAAAUUCAAUAAAUUAUUGAAGAUAUUUAUUAAUAUUUUUUCUUUUUGAAAAAUAGUGUCACAAUUCUCUUUAUUUUUAAUGAAUUUGAA